AUGGGUUAUCGUGGUAUUCGUAAACAUUUGAAACGACUUCAUGCACCAAAACAUUGGAUGCUCGAUAAAUUGGGUGGUGUGUUCGCUCCGAAACCAUCAUCUGGUCCACAUAAGACACGUGAAUGCUUACCCAUGAUCAUCUUCUUACGUAAUCGAUUGAAAUACGCCUUGACUUACGUUGAAGCAAGAAAAAUCUCCGGUUUCAUGGAUGUUAUUACCAUCGAAAAAACAGGUGAACACUUCCGUUUAAUCUACGACGUUAAAGGUCGAUUCUGUGUUCAUCGUAUUACAGCUGAAGAAGCUAAAUAUAAACUAUGUAAAGUUAAAUCUGUAUGUAUGGGCCCAAAGAAAGUACCAUAUAUAAUCACACAUGAUGCACGAACAAUUCGUUAUCCAGAUCCACGCAUCAAAGCAAACGAUACUAUUCAACUCGAUAUUGCUAGUGGAAAAGUUCAAGAUCACAUUAAGUUCGAUACCGGUAACAUUGUCAUGAUUACUGGUGGACACAACUUGGGUCGUGUUGGUAUAAUUCAAUCGCGUGAACGUCAUCCAGGUUCAUUUGAUAUUGUUCAUGUUAAAGAUGCAAAUGGACACACAUUUGCUACUCGUUUGGCAUAUGUAUUUGUCAUUGGCAAAGGUCACAAAUCUUGGGUGUCACUUCCAGCUGGUAAAGGUUUGCGUUUAAGCGUUGCAGAAGAACGUGAUCGACGACUUUCUGGCAAACCGCAUUAG